CGGGAUGCCCCCGGAGCGCCGCGACUCUUCCUGACUUGUCCGAGGAGCGGAGCCCCCCGGAGAAAUGGCCCUGGUGGACAAACACAAAGUCAAACGACAGCGACUCGAUCGGAUCUGCGAAGGCAUCCGGCCGCAGAUCAUGAACGGCCCCACGCACCCCCGGCCUCUGGUGGCCCUGCUGGAUGGGCGGGACUGCACGGUGGAGAUGCCCAUUUUGAAAGACUUGGCCACGGUGGCGUUCUGCGAUGCUCAGUCCACUCAGGAGAUCCACGAGAAGGUGCUCAACGAGGCCGUCGGGGCCAUGAUGUACCACACCAUCACCCUCGCCCGCGAGGACCUGGAGAAGUUCAAGGCCCUCAGGGUCAUCGUGCGCAUCGGCAGCGGCUACGACAACGUCGACGUCAAGGCCGCCGGAGAGUUCGGAAUCGCCGUGUGUAACAUCCCCUCGGCGGCGGUGGAGGAGACGGCCGACUCGACCGUCUGUCACAUCCUGAACCUGUACCGGCGCAACACGUGGCUGUGCCAGGCCCUGCGCGAGGGAGGCCGCGUCCAGAGCGUCGAGCAGAUCCGCGAGCUGGCUUCCGGAGCCGCCCGGAUCCGCGGGGAGACCCUGGGACUCAUUGGGUUCGGUCGCACGGGCCAGGCGGUGGCGGUCCGGGCCAAGGCCUUCGGGUUCAGCGUGCUGCUGUACGACCCGUACCUGGCGGACGGGGCGGAGCGCGCCCUGGGCGUGCAGCGGGUCUACAGCCUGCAGGACCUGCUCUACCAGAGCGACUGCGUCUCCCUCCACUGCAGCCUCAACGAGCACAACCACCACCUCAUCAACGACUUCACCAUCAAGCAGAUGCGGCAAGGAGCCUUCCUGGUGAACACGGCCCGGGGCGGGCUGGUGGACGAGAAGGCCCUGGCCCAGGCCCUCAGGGAAGGGCGGGUACGAGGCGCCGCGCUCGACGUGCACGAGUCCGAGCCGUUCAGCUUUGCUCAGGGCCCGUUGAAGGACGCUCCCAACCUGAUCUGCACGCCCCACACGGCAUGGUACAGCGAGCAGGCCUCACUGGAGAUGAGAGAGGCGGCCGCCACCGAGAUCCGACGGGCCAUCACAGGUCGCAUUCCCGAGAGCUUACGCAACUGCGUCAACAAAGAGUUCUUCGUCACCUCAGCGCCGUGGUCCGUCCUGGAUCAGCAGGCCAUUCACCCCGAGCUCAAUGGUACCACGUACAGAUACCCCCCGGGCAUAGUGAGCGUGGCCCCGGGCGGCCUCCCCGGGGCGGCCGUGGAGGGCCUCAUCGCCGGAGGGAUCCCGGUCCCUCACAGCCUCCCCCCGCCGGUCACCCACCCGUCCCGGGCCCCCUCUCCCAACCAGCCCAGCAAGCACGGCGACGGCAGAGACCACCCGGGCGAGCAGUAGCGGCCGGACGCCGCCCGCCCAGGACGUGCCAGUGCCCUCGGGACCAAAAGACACUGACCGAAGCCAGCAAAAGACUCGAAAAGGGGACCGGGGGGGAGGCGGCCUCCACGCCGCAGCGCUCCGACCGCCACGGGGGAGCCCGACGGUAGCCCCGGGCCCCUGGUGGACUGGCGUCGGCUCCGUUCGCGGGCAUCUCAUCGCCAGGACGGAGCUUUCCCCUCCCCUAGCAGCCCUCCGACUGGGAAACACAGCCUGAGGGCUCCCAUUUUGGGGUGGGGGGUGGCGGGAAGGGAAGGGACCCACCUCCUCCACCCAGCCUGGGUCCCUUUCCCGAUCCAGGAGGCCUUCCUGCCCGAGACGUGGCGGGAGACGCAAGGGCCCUCCGGACAGGGAACUAGCUUUCACCUCCGUCCAUCCAUCCGUCGGGAGAACGGGCCCACUGCCGGGGCUCGGGGAAGGAGGCGGGUGUCGGCCGGCAGCUCCGAAGCAACUGUGCCCUCUGACGAUGCAAAAAAAAAAAAGUAUUAAAUUUCACAAGCUGUUUGUACUCAAAUAUAUUUUCUCAGUUUCAGAUCCUCCGCUAUUUUAUUGAGUGGAAAACCUUGAGCCGAAGAGGUUCGAGAAGAAUGUUGCAUUUCCUUAUGUCUCAGGAAACACUUUUUGUGGUAACUUGUCAGAUUGUCUACGAACAAAACCCACUUUUCUAGACAUUGAUAACGUCUUCUUUUCUUCACGUGGUGUUUUAUACGAGAAUCCUUCAGGCGCGCUCCUCUCCAGGUGCGCCCGAUUUUCACAAACCCGGGAGAUUUCUACCAGCAGCUCGGCUCGCUCCGCGCUCCGGGCCCCGGCCGGCCGGCCGCCCGCUUGGCGAGGCGGCCCGUCGGGUCCGGCCCCGAUCCCGGGACGACAACCUUCAGGGCUCGCGGACGUGUGUUUCGGUUCGGUGUGCGCGUUACCGUUAACUGUAUGUUUAUUGUAAAAACGGACAUUUAGCGUUCAGUGCAGUUUUCAAUAAAAAGCGAUCAAAACUU